CGAAAGGGAAGUUGAUUUAUUCCUAAUUGGAUAUUUGACUAUAUAUUAUACAUAUUAAAAGAUUUAAGUAUUUGUUUCUGUGAUCUCUUUAUAUAUUCUUCUCUUCUGAUCUAUUCUUUCUCUUUCACUCUUCCAAACAAACAGAAACACUGAUGAUCAUACAAUAAAACAGAAGGUAUAUAUACAGAUCGAGGCUGAAGUUUGCACCUUUAAUUAAGAGUCAUUUUGAAAAUAUGGAGUGUUACUACUGUGUUUAUCUGAUGGGAAUAAUUGUGUUGUUGAUGAGUUGGUGGUUUGUGAAAGAGAAGAAUGAGAAUAGUAAGAGAAAUAUGAAAGUUCCAAAAGGGAAUUCAGGUUGGCCUUUACUUGGAGAGACUCUUGACUUCAUUGCUUCUGGCUACACUUCUCGUCCUCUCUCCUUCAUGGAAAACCGCAAGUCUAUUUACGGGAAUGUGUUUAAGACAAGCAUUUUAGGAAGCAGUGUGAUAGUGUCAACAGAUCCAGAAGUGAACAAAGUGAUUCUUCAGAAUCAAGGGAACAUUUUUGUACCUGCAUAUCCAAAAUCAAUUAGAGAAUUAAUGGGAGAACACUCUAUACUCCAAAUGAACGGAAACAUUCAUAAGAAAAUGCAUUCACUCAUUGCAUGCUUUCUUAAAUCUCCACAACUCAAAGCUCGAAUCACUUCAGAUAUUGAACACUCUGUCAAACAAUGUUUAGCUUCUUGGACCCACAAAACAAUAUACAUUCAAGAUGAAGUCAAAAAGAUUACAUUUACUAUUUUGAUUAAAGUUUUGAUGAGCGUUGGUCCUGGUGAAGAUUUGGAGUUGUUGAAAAGAGAAUUUGGAGAAUUCAUCAAAGGCUUGAUUUGCUUACCCAUCAAGUUUCCAGGAACAAGGCUAUACAAAUCCUUGAAGGCUAAGGAAAGGAUGAUGAAGAUGGUGAGGAGGAUAGUGGAGGAGAGAAGGAAUGUAAUGAUGAAUAAUAAUAAUGGUGCAGUGAAUGAUGUGGUGGAUUUACUCUUAAGGGAUAAGGGUGAAUUCUCCCACUCAAGUUCAAGCCUGGUGAUAGAAAUGAUAAGCCAAAACAUCAUUGAGAUGAUUAUCCCAGGUGAAGAGACCCUUCCUACGGCCAUGACCUUGUCCCUCAAAUUCCUCUCUGACUCCCCCCUCGCUCUAUCCAAACUUAUGGAGGAGAACAUGGAAUUGAAGAAGAAAAAGAUGGAUUCCUCAUAUGAUUAUACAUGGACAGAUUACAUGUCACUACCAUUUACUCAAAAUGUCAUUAGUGAAACUCUUAGAAUGGCCAAUAUUGUCAAUGGCAUUUGGAGGAAAGCAGUCAAAGAUGUAGAAAUUAAAGGAUACCUAAUUCCAAAGGACUGGAGUGUUAUGGCAUCUCUUACUUCUGUUCACUUGGAUGAAAAGAACUAUGAAAACCCUUUUAAGUUUGACCCAUGGAGAUGGGAGAAAAUUGGAGUUGUGGCUAGUAGCAACUGCUUUACUCCAUUUGGGAGUGGACAUAGACUAUGUCCUGGGUUAGAGCUUUCCAGACUAGAGCUCUCUAUUUUCCUUCACCAUCUUGUUACCACUUAUAGUUGGGUUGCUGAAAGGGAUGAAAUAGUAUACUUUCCAACUGUUAAGAUGAAGAAGAAACUCCCGAUUAGAGUGCAACCCAUUAAUACUUGAUUGGAUUAGACCAUCAAUAAAUUUAUAAAUGUAUUUAUUUAUCAAUUUAUUUCAACAUAAAGGAGUAACUAUGAAAUAGACAGGACAAUAGCGUUAUCUUUUUAGAAAACAGUAUUUUGUACUAUAAAUUAUGUUAGCUCUUGCGUAAAAUCAAUAUGAAGAGAAUAAAAGUGACUUUGGACCCUCUUUC